AGCGGAAAUGCUAUGUCUGUUGCUGCUGCAUUCUCGGUAGAGAGAUUUUCGACCGACUCUCGCAUUAACGUAACUCACGCAAUGGCUGGGAGAAAUCACAUCUCCGAGUGCCUUUAAUAUGCUCCCUGUCGUAUGGGUAAGGGCAGCAUCGGACCAAUCUCAAAAUGACCACCGGCUUCAGCUCCGGUUCCUCCCGGUUCGCAGAUUAUUUCGUCAUCUGCGGUCUCGACACCGAAAGCGGGCUGGAACCAGACGAACUGUCCGCUUUAUGCCAGUAUAUAGAGGCUACUAAAUUCAGAGAUGGGGCCAGAGGAAAAUUGGCGAGUGCAAACGAAGGUGAGAAUUUUGAGCAGAGUCCUCUGCGAAGAACCUUUAAAUCCAAAGUCCUAGCACAUUAUCCGGACAAUGUGGAGGGGAAUCCGUUUGACCAGGAUGCAGUUGGAAUGCUCUGUAUGCCAAAGGGCCUGUCGUUCAGGACGCAGGUGGACUCCAGAGAGCCGCAUUUCCACUCCUUCAUCAUCACCAGAGAGGAUGGCUCUCGGACAUACGGCUUUGCCCUCACCUUCUUUGAGGAGGUGACCAGUAAGCAGAUCUGCAGCGCUAUGCAGACUCUUUAUCACAUGCACAACGCCGAGCAGUACGACAUCUUGCACACCCCAACUUCCCCGCAAGGACCCGAGGACCAGCGGCUCUCCCAGCCGCGACCCGUGCUCCACGCUGCUCCCGCCAUCUCCCGUCUGCAGCGCUUCAAUUCGUAUGACAUCAGUCGCGACACACUGUAUGUGUCCAAGUGCAUCUGCCUCAUCACACCCAUGGCUUUCGCUCAGGCCUGCAGGAAGGUGCUAGAGCAGCUUCACCAGGCUGUCACGUCUCCUCAGCCUCCACCUCUCCCGUUGGAGAGCUACGUCUACAACCUCCUGUAUGAGGUGCCUCAGCCUCCCUCCGGGCGCUCGCUCAAGUUCUCAGGCGUGCACGGGCCCAUCGUGUGCCAGAGGCCAAGCACUUCUGAGCUACCGCUCUUUGACUUUGCCAUGGGUGAAGUGUUUCAUCUGCUUGGGGUGGAGAACGUUCUUCAGCUGUUCACGUGUGCCCUGCUUGAGAUGCAGAUCCUGCUCUACUCACAACAUUACCAGAGGCUGAUGACGGUAGCAGAGAGCAUCACGGCCCUCAUGUUCCCCUUUCAGUGGCAGCAUGUGUAUGUUCCUAUCCUGCCCGCCUCCCUCCUCCAUUUCCUGGAUGCUCCUGUGCCGUAUCUCAUGGGCCUCCACUCUAACGGACAGGAUGACCGUACCAAGUUAGAGCUGCCACAGGAGGCCAACUUGUGUUUUGUGGACAUUGAUAACCACUUCAUUGAACUGCCAGAGGAGUUGCCUCAGUUUCCCAACAAGCUCGAGUUCAUUCAGGAGAUCUCGGAGGUGCUCAUGUCCUUCGACGUUUCCCCAGAGGGAAGCAUCCAGUCCAGCGACAGCCAGGCCAAGUACCGCAGCUUCCGAUCCGUUGACAUGGUCUCCGACAAGCGCAACGGCAACCUAGCCUCGCCCCUGAACUCCUACCUGCUGAGAGAAAAUCAAACCAUCGCCAGGCUGCAGGCACUGGUCAAGAGGACGGGCGUCAGCCUGGAGAAGCUGGAGGUGAAAGAGGACGCCAGUUGCAACAAGGACGUGCGAGUUCAGUGUGACGAGGACGAGCUGAAGAUGCACCAGCUCAACAUCCAGGUGCGCGAGGUCUUCGCCAACCGGUUCACCCAGAUGUUCGCCGACUACGAGGUUUUUGUCAUUCAGCCCAGCCACGACAAAGAGUCCUGGUUCACCAACCGAGACCAGAUGCAGAACUUUGACAAGGCCUCCUUCCUGUCAGACCAGCCCGAGCCCUACCUGCCCUUCCUGUCGCGUUUCUUGGAGACUCAGAUGUUUGCCUCCUUUAUCGAUAGUAAGAUACUUUGUCAUGAUGACGAGGACAAGGAACCCACUCUCAGGGUGUUUGAUGCCCGUGUGGAAAAGAUCCGCAUGCUGAACGUCCGUACGCCAACUCUGCGGACGUCCAUGUACCAAAAGUGCACCAACAUAGAAGAAUCAGAGAAAGCCAUCGAGAUGAGAGUUACAAAGAUCGACCACACCGCCCUGCACCCCCACCUGCUGGACAUGAAGAUCGGUCAGGGCCGAUACGAGCAGGGCUUCUUCCCCCGGCUGCAGUCCGACGUGCUCUCCAGCGGGCCCACCAGCAACAAGUGGGCCAAGAGAAGCGCUCCGGCUCAGUGGAGGAGGAGGGAUCGACAGAAGCAGCACGCUGAGCAUCUUUAUUUAGACAAUGACCAGAGAGAGCAUGUAGAGUGUUUGUUUCCGGAGCCGCAGCUCCUGCUGUUUCUUGACUACUACUGGCUCUCGCAGUCCUUCAAGCCCUGUCUAAAGUCGGUGACUGUGGACGUGAAAUACAUCCAGGAAGCCAGAAACCUGGGGACCACCAUCAGACAGCCCAAACUGUCCAACCUGUCGCCCUCUGUGAUCGCUCAGACCAACUGGAAAUUUGUUGAAGGAUUGUUGAAGGAGUGCAGGAACAAGACGAAGCGAAUGUUGGUAGAGAAGAUGGGUCGGGAGGCUGUGGAGCUGGGUCACGGAGAGGUCAGUAUCACGGGCGUGGAGGAGAACACUCUGAUCGCGAGCCUCUGUGACCUGCUGGAGAGGAUCUGGAGCCACGGGCUGCAGGUCAAACAGGGUAAAUCGGCCUUGUGGUCCCACCUCCUGCAUUACCAGGACAGCAAAGAGAAGAACGCCACCCCAGGAAGUUUGGGACCUCCAGGUUUCAUCCAUGACACUGAGCGACGGAAAUCUGAUGGGGGUGGGUCAGCCAUGCCCCCCCUUAGGAUCUCUCUGAUCCAGGAUAUGAGACACAUCCAGAAUAUCAGUGAGAUCAAGACGGACGUGGGCAAAGCCAGAGCCUGGGUUCGACUCUCCAUGGAGAAGAAGCUGCUUUCUAGACAUCUGAAGCAGCUUCUGUCGGACCACGAGCUUACCAAAAAACUCUACAAGCGCUACGCCUUCCUGCGCUGUGAUGACGAGAAGGAGCAGUUCCUCUACCACCUCCUGUCCUUUAACGCUGUGGACUACUUCUGUUUCACCAACGUCUUCACAACCAUUAUGAUCCCCUACCACGUAGUGAUUGUCCCCAGUAAGAAACUGGGUGGCUCCAUGUUUACAGCCAACCCCUGGGUGUGUGUUUCUGGUGAGCUGUCGGAGACCGGCGUGCUCCAGGUGCCCAGAAACACUCUGGAGAUCACUUUUGAGUGCCAGAACCUGGGCAAGCUCACCACGGUGCAGAUGGGUCACGAUAACUCAGGUCUCUACGCAAAGUGGCUCGUGGAGUUUGUUGUGAUUCGCAAUGAGAUCACAGGGCACACUUACAAGUUUCCGUGUGGCCGGUGGUUGGGGAAGGGCGUGGAUGAUGGCAGUCUGGAGAGGAUACUGGUGGGAGAGCCGAUGACCCCCAGCACAGAGAAUGACGAGAGGAUGUGCCGCACACCGCCGAUGCAGCAGUCUCCUGGGAUGAUGAGGAGAUUUGUUACCAUUUCACCAAGCAGCAAACCAAAGUUGAACCCAGGGCAGAUUCAGGAGGGAGUAGGCGAGGCCAUCAACGGGAUUGUGAAGCACUUCCACAAACCGGAGAAGGAGAGAGGCAGCCUGACCCUCCUCCUGUGCGGGGAGUACGGCCUUGUCUGGGCUCUGGAGCAGGUGUUCCAACACGGUUUUAAAUCACCUCGACUCUUUAAGAACGUCUUCAUCUGGGACUUCUUGGAAAAGGCUCAAGUCUACUUUGAAAGUGCUGAGCAACGGGAGGUGGCUCCGGAUGAAAACUGGCAAACCAGGGUGCGCCACUUUUGCCGCUUCAUGAGGGCGAUUAACAGCACGUCCAGAAACAUCGGCAAGGAUGGGAAGUUCCAGAUGCUCGUCUGUCUGGGUGCAAGGGAUCAUCUGCUGCAUCACUGGAUUGCCCUGCUCGCAGAUUGUCCAAUCACCUCUCAGAUGUAUGAGGACACAGCACUGAUUAAGGACCGCUCACUGGUAAACUCUCUGAUCAGAGUGCUACAGACUCUGCAGGAAUUUAACAUCACGCUGGAGGCAUCUCUCAUUAAAGGCGUUGGCAUCUAAACCGACUCACCCUCCGCUCGUCGUAACCGAACAGGAAGAUCACAGAGGACCACUGGAAAGAUUAACACAAUCUUUUAUAUGCAGGAAAAGACUUGAACAAAGAAAUUUUUUUCUGGCUUAUAUUAAAGCUACUGUCACAUUUGGCCAUAUAAAUAUAAAUAUAUAUAUAAAUAUAAAUAUGAAGUGCAAUGAGCCUUUCAAGAUGUGUUAUUUUUAUCCUUGAUGACGCCAUUAGAAGUUGAGAAUGUGUUUUCUAUUAUGAACCAUGGUUUUCACACUGUUGAUGAUGACCUUGUGGUAUAACGUUUUACCGAAAGCUAUUUUCAUUGUUGCCGUGAAUUGAGGACAGCGGUUAUAUUUAAGGGAAAGCGAGGAUAAAAACUUAAUAUAUUUUCAGAUAAAUAAAAACAGUGUUAUUUUGUUAAAUUAGUGAAGUUGCUUGCUCUGUUAACUUUGAUUUUGAUGUUAUGAUGCAGAGUUCAAAGCAAAGGAUGUAGAAGAAUGCUUCAUAAGUAUGUGUGUUUGGCCAGGAGGCGUGUAGAAAUGGAAGCCCGUGUGAGAAUACAGCGUUGGAGCCUUUUUCCUGGCAAACAUACAUGUAUGCAAAUCUUUUACAUGAAAUACCUUCGGCGACAGAAAUGCUCCUCCUUGCAUGUGGAGACUUUGUGACAUGAGCCAGCACCCAGUGAUGGACAUUAUAUUUUGGAUUCAGGAAGAAACUCCAAAGUCCUGUGUUACAGGCACAAGUGCUCCAAGACAUGCUUGACCCAGCUGUGUUUGCAGUGGAUCCCAAUUUUAGCCUUCAGUGUAAAUAACCAACCAGCUCUUUCCUCACACCAUCUCUGCAGCCCUUACACUACAUGUACUCUGUUCUCUGAACUGAAAACAACGUGAUGAUCUCAGUGGACUGUGUUGAAUUCUGACCUCCUGAUUACUGUGUGAGAACUGUUCCCUUGCCCCCUUUUUGGAUUUUUGUCUUUAUGGUUUCUUGCUAUGCAAUAUCCAUUCCACACGAGGAAAACCGAGAUAUUGCUGGGAUCUUUUCAGAACUCUACGGCAGAAAAUAAUUAACGUGAUAAACGAGUUUUCCGUGCCAACGUCUGGAAUGACAGUGUUGUAUUCAUCCGUAUAUGACCCACACAAGCAUCUUGGGAGAUAUAUUUUUUCUUUUCCAAUACAAUUGUACAUUUAUCAGCAUAGGUGUGUAAUGUAGUGUUUACUAAGUGAGCAACAGUGUACAGUGUAAAAAUGUAUUAAGAAUAAAGCAUCUGUAAUGCAUUACAGUGAACUCUCAA